UGCUAUCUUCAUUCUUCUUUGCCUCUUCUCUCAAAUAGCUGAUCACUAUUUCAUCUUUCCGGAAAUGGAGGAAGAUGUUGUAAGAAGGUCCAAAAAUCUCACGAGAGCCAUUGAGGGAGAAGUCUACCCGAACAUCGACAAUCGAAGCAACCUUACGAUUGCACAACGAUUACAAGGCAUGCGGCUAGACCAGCUUCGCGAGCGUAGUGAGUCUCAAAAGAUGGAGAAGAUUCCACAAAUGAAAUGGCAUGACGAGGACCAAUGCUUCAAGAUCGAUGGUGUCCCCUCCGUGAUCAAGAGAGAUCAAAUGAAGAGAUCAUUCUAUAAAAAAGAGGAGAACGAUGACGUGGAGGAGCCCUAUAUAUAUCAAGGGCUUACGUCCUCAGCCUUCUCAAGCAAACAAUCACGAGAGAGAGAGAAUCGCCACCUCCACCGCCUAAGAAAGCGCAGAGACGCCUUCAGGAGGAUAUUGUGAGCUCUCCGUUCAACGAGGAAAUGGUGGAGUUUCCGGCGUGGUUAAAUGAUGAGGAGAGCGGAGUGGAAAAGCAAUGUGUUGUUGCUCUUCAACAGGAUUCUGCUAUGCCAUGAUUCUGGAAAUGGAAUGGGAUGAGGAGGAUCAGUGCAUUCAAGAUCAAUAAUGCCCUCUUCCAUAUACCUCAUUUUAGCAUAGGCAUUAUGUUUGUUUUCCUAAAAUUGUGUAUGUAGGAACUAUGAUAUGGGAUCGAUCUCUCAUUCUUAGCAUAGUUAUUAUGUUUAUUUUCAUAAAAUUGUGUAUGUAUGAACUAUGAUAUGGAAUCUCGCAUUUUUAGCAUA